AUGGCCGCCACUGCUAACCGAGUACCGUUCGAUCAGAAUGAUCGAAAAUAUAAGUGUCUCUGCGGACAGCUACAUAUAAAAGUGAGUUUGAGACGGGAAUAAAGACUUAUUAUGUUUUUUUUUCAGAAAGGUGCGAGGGUUGUAGCAAUUCUAGUCAAUGUGUUGACCGCUAUCAACAUCAUCUUUAGUUUCACGAGAAGCUCCACAGUGAUUGUGUAUACUUGCAUGAGGUAUGAAUUUAUGAAUAGACUCUUGUUGGUUUGAUUUAUUUAUAAAUCUAACUACAGCACUGCAUUCUCUAUCGUCAUUUUCGGAAGUCUUCUUUAUGGCGUCUGGAAGGAAAAACGUCUCUAUUUGUACCCCUACCUCUUUUUUCAGGUUAAUACAACUCUAGACUCACUAAUUCAACUCCAUAUUUUAGGUCAUCUCAAUCUUCAUUUCGAUCAUCAUCCUUUUCGCAUUCCUCAUUUCCAUUGCAGUCGGCGCAUCAAUGGUGAUUGAUCUGGCCAGAAAUGUGGGAAACGUGGAUACAACAAGUGAGCAGGCAAAACUGGAUGCUGGUAGGAAAUAAAGGGUGGAAAGUGGAACAACAGGGAAUGGAGAUUUUUCUAGAUUUGGCCGUCUUCACCGUUCUUUUCAUCCUGUUCUUGUGCAUCGGCGGACUCAUUCAAGCCUAUUUCGUUGAAGUUUGACCACGUGAACCUCAAAAUGAGAUGAAAGUACUGUUUCAGGUGAUCUACUCCUUCCAUAAUUUCCUCAAGGACCGCGAGAACUCAUUCUCGUUCAACUUCGAGUCAUAUGCCAGUAGUGCCUUCGGAUCGGAAGCUACCCCGCCACCAACCUACCCGGAGGCUCAGGCUCAGGAAACAGUUUCAUAA